UAAGACUGAACUGUUACAUAACCUACUCUCGGUUUAGGAUCGUCGGUUGAUGUAAAAUGAGAAUUGUCACUUUAUAUUUUAUAGUUUUAUGUUAGAUUGUUACUCUUAGUUAUGUAUUUUCGAAAUUUAAAGGGAAUAUUGCUAAUUCACACAUUAGUGGUGAUAUUCAUUAAUCUUUCUUUAGGAAGUAAAAAUGUACCUUGUACUCCAACUGGAUUUUGUAAAUGUGAAUUUCCUAAUGGUAUGGGAAUAGAUUUGAUAUCUCUUAAAGGAACACAUUUUAAUAUUUCAGCCACCAAAGAUGAAUUCAUACAUUAUUACCCUUGUAACAAUACUAUUAUUCCGAACAAUGUGACCACAAACGAAUGUGCGGCUGGUGCUUCUCUCUGCUUGGAGAAGCAUAUUGGAAAUGAAACUAAAUUUUUUAACUUGGGCUCGAUAACUGAGAGUGCUUUCAAAUGGGAGAACAUAAAUCUUAACCCAGAAAUUAAUUUUAACCAUAUCAGUUGGUCAACGAGGAUCACUCUGGUGUGUGGUUCUUCAGAAACACCUGUGUUGGAAGUAGAGUCUGUUUUAAAUGACCAAAAAUUUGAGUUAAAACUAACUUCCGAAAAAGCAUGCGUCGGAACCGUAACCAAUGAAGGGCACUCAGUAUUUUCGACAUUCUUUAUAAUCGUUCUUGUACUGUUCCUCUUUUAUUUUAUUUGUGGAUUUUUGGUGUUGAGGUUCAUUAGAGGAGCUCGUGGCUGGGAAGCCAUACCGAAUGGUGAAUUCUGGAAAUCAUCAUGGAACAGCCUCAAGAAGACAUGUACAUAUUUCAUGAGUGGCUGUCGAAACCGAGAAGUUUAUGAUACAAUAUAAGCACCCAACACUCUCAAGAAAAUAUCAAAGGAAAUCCGUUAAUUGAAGAAUCUCACUCAUGCAGAUCAAUGACAUUCAAAAGCUAUUAUUUUGUUGAUUAACAUAUGUUACAGGUACAGCUAAAAAACAUUUUUGGGAGUUGUAAUUCUUUGAAAAUUUCCUUGUAUGCAUUACUCUGAAAGUUAUUAAUUGUAUAGCAUCAUAUUUUCCCCCUCCUAAUUGUUAAGAUGGAUGUUUUUGUGCUUUCAAUUUUAAUUAUUUAUUUUUUUCAUGAUUAUAGUAUAUAAUUAAUAAUUGUCUUAUUAAAACCAAAUUCCAUUCUCUUUU